AACUGUUGUGCACUGUUAAAUUCAGUCGACAUGGCGAUGGACCUUGGGGUAUGAACUAUCAUUGCCAUCUUAGUUUCACUUUGUUAGAGAGAAGAAAUGCUUUGUGUCCGUGUCAAAAUCUAAAAUGGGCGAAAGAUAUAGUCAAUGAUGUUAAAACUAUUCUAUUAACAGCAUCAGCCGCGCCUAGGAUAUAUCAUAAUCUCCCACGAGAAAAUGUCGGACAACGAAGACGUAUUACGGGGAUAAUCCCUAGCAUCAUAUUGCACAGGAAAUGAAAAAAAUCAUCCGCAAAUUGAGACAUCGCUGUAAAAGAAAUCAAUUUGCUGCGACCUGCCUCGUUUAAAGUCAUUGUGGUCAUCCAAACUUGGAGAUAUUGAUCCCGAUCUAAAAUGCUAAACUUGCAAAGACUCUGAAAAUUACAGAACUUUUGAUUGUGAGCAUUAAAAGCAUAAUAAAAGAAUCCGAUCUAAAUUCCAUUGGUAACACCGCAUUAGGACUUAACGUGAAGAGCCUCGAAUCAUUAAGAGUCUGCAGAAAAUGACGACUGGUAAGGACCAGUGCUUUUAGUUCUGUUGUUAAGGAAGCUGUUGUGUUUGUGAGAUUCUAGCAUAAUACAAUGUAAUUGCGCUUUCUAUUGCAUAAAUACUUUCGGAAAGCCAGACACACAAACAAUAAUGAAUGCAAUCACAGAGUAAAAAAAAAAAAACCCUUACUCAUUUCUACAUGUAGAUCAGUACAGCUGUGAUUGCUCAUCGAUCAUUUGGCCUUAUUUAAAGGAAAACAGAAUCAAUAGUAGUUUGAAACGGAAGAUCUUAUCUAAAUGAUGUUUAAUUUUAACAAAAACUCGGACACUUUACCGCUGAUGACAGUCUGUUGUCAGGUGUUGUGUAAGAUAAAAGUCCCGUUCUAAGUAAAUACAUACACUGGCCAUAGUAAAUACACAGACAGAAUCGAAGAGGACUUCUAUUCAUCACACAUAUAAUAGCCAUUUCAUUCCUUAAUUGAAAAUUGUGUACUUGGAUGGUAAAACCCCCUCGCAUUACAAAACAGAAUUGGCAGAGUUGCACACACUCAAUGCAAAAAUCUUCAAUUGAUAUACUCGAUUUCACCAAUAAAAUUAAUGUCGGGAUUUUAUAAAUAAGUUUACUCUAUUUUUGAUAGUACUUAAAUUAUAAGGAAAUAUGAAGCAAAUUAAUAAUCAAGCAAUAGGAAAAACCCCCAUCAAAACUAAAUCCACAUCUGGCACAAAAGGGAUACAUUUCACGAAGAGAAGGAAAUGUCAUCAAGGAGAAAUGAAUCAACUCAAACAAAACCGCUAUCGGUCAUAUACACAUACAAGUCCUUCCUUUCCCGAUGUUGAUUUUAAGAUUAAAAGAUUAAUUGAGAUUGAAUAAAUAUAAUUAGAAUUAAAGUCAAUUCUUUGCACCUAUGGAAUAAGGCUAAUCUAUCCACGAAACGUUGAGAUUUGGUUUAAUUGUGUACACUUCUAUGCGCCAUCUGCCCCUUUAACGAUCUGCACGUUAGUGAUGCAUCACAGCGGAGUUAUUUCUUCCUCCAAUAUACGAGAAGGCCCUGUGAUUGCUCGCGAUUCAAUUCGACAUCAGAAUCUAUAAAGAAAAGCGGGAAGGACGGACUUCGGCACAAUGACUUCUGCUGCUAUUUGUCUGUCUGGAAAACGCAUGCGCACGAAGACCUAGAGGGUGUAUGUAAACAGCACAAGUUCAAAUAAUAAUUUGUUGUGUUUGAGAAAACAGGUAAACGCUUAAGAAAACUUUACAAUUCUAUGGAAUGACAAAGAAUCACGUUAGAUUGUUGAUGAUACGGAUUAAAUUCUCAUUAUUUUACAACGCAGGGAGAGGGCUAUCAUUUUAUUAUCGUUCCUACAAGCCUUCAACUAGUGUUACUUUGAAGAAAUUAUAUGAUUUAUAAGUGUAUAUAUGUUUACGAAAUUUAAAAAAAUGAGAACGUUUUCAUUCACUGUGAUUUAAAUGUGCUGUUUUAUUUUUAACUGGGAUCAUACGAUGUGUGAUGACCGUGUGCGGAAGAAGUGAAAUUUUACACAGGUGUUUCAUUAACUUUAAAAUACACAACACCAGUGGGAAGGAAUACUUCAUCUGAUUUGGACAUAAAAAAUAUGAGACUGUUUUCUUGUUCUAUAAAUACUUGACAACUCCAAAAAGCAGGAAAGUUUGUGAAUAUUAACCUGGCGCAUGUAAGUAAAAGACUAUUUACCGUAUAUACAGAGUUAUUUGUUCCAAACUUCUCGCUAAAGGAGGAAUCGAGAUCGAUCUUUAAGUCGCUAAAUGUUUGCCAAACUAACACUUGAAGGAGCAGGGGAACAAAAGCUUACCGGCGUAUUCUACCGGUUACAAACAGUAUAGACCAAAACGCCCGGAACAGUGGAGGGAAUGGGCAGAAUUCUUCAAUGUUUGCUCAAGAAUUUAAUCAAGUGAGUGCGGGAUUGCCAAUGCCAAACCAAGAGACUCUGUGCUGCGAUUCUUUGAUUGAAUAUGGUAACAAAUUUUACUUCGUUUAAUUUGAAUUCAACAGCGGUAACUUUGUCGUACGGAGUGUUUAACAAUGUUACCAGUAUAAAUACCACCACGGAGACAGUGCACGACCACGAGGCCCCUGAGGCCUACACGCUCGCCGAGAGCAUCAUCAUCGGAACAAUACUGUCUCUGUUCAUAUUUGUUGCAGUUUUUGGAAAUGUAUUGGUGUGCGUCGCUGUUUUCAAAGAUAGACGACUCCGACAUCGGACGUAUGCUUUCAUAGUAUCACUAGCUAUCGCGGAUCUCCUUGUCGCCUUACUAGUUAUGACAUUUGCUGUUGUUAACGACAUCUUGAACAAAUGGUUGUUCGGACCGGUUUUUUGCAACAUUUGGAUUUCUUCAGAUAUUAACUGUUCCACAGCGUCUAUUUUGAAUUUAUGUGCUAUUAGUUUGGAUAGAUACAUUCAUAUCAAAGAUCCAUACAAAUAUAAGACUUUUAUGACGAAGAAAAUGAUGGUCAUCAUGAUAUCAGUCGUCUGGAUCUUGUCCCUGACCUUGUCUUUCUUACCAAUUCAUUUGCAAUGGCAUCGCAAUGCAGAAGACCGCUACAAGCCUCUUCCAGAAAACGUUUGCAUGAUGGAUCUCAAUCCUGUAUAUUCGGUGGUCUCCUCCACAAUAAGCUUUUACAUACCUUGCAUUAUAAUGAUUAUUAUUUAUGUUCAACUCUAUUGUGCCGCGCGAAGUCAUGUCAAAGAGAUACGCAAGACAAGUUUUCAUAUGCCAAACGGUGGAAAGGCAAGCUCCGGGUCAAAGGACCACAAAGCAGCCGUGACUCUCGGGAUAAUCAUGGGCGUCUUUCUUCUGUGCUGGAUGCCUUUCUUUGUUAUGAACUUGGUGGAAGCAUUCUGUAAGUGUGUUCCUGUAGUGAUGUUUAAAAUUUUAACUUGGCUGGGAUAUGUGAAUUCGUGCUUAAACCCAAUCAUUUACAGCAUCUUUAACAAGGAAUUCAGGAAUGCUUUCCGAAAGAUCCUCUUUCCUGAUUCAUGCAAAUGUGUACGGCCUCACCGCAAUGGCUACCCGCAAAAUAGUAGGUCAAGUAAAUCAUUAAUUCCAAAAUCGGAGUAUAUCAUGCAUUCGAUAGAAAAUGGGAACAGGAGAGACUGUAAAGAACCUUUGUGUACAGAAGCCACGCCUCUUUAACUACACGUGAUUGAAAUGACUGGUGAGAUCGAAGAUGUGCUCGAUAUUCUUACUCGUUAACAAUGGUAUUUACGGUAACGUAAAUGUAGAGCAAAGCUGUGAUUAUUUUCGUCUUCUACGUUUUGUAUGAGGAAGACGGCAUAUAUAUUUAUCAAAGUCAAUAUUUGUGAUCAGUAGUUUGUCAGAACCAAACAGGCAGAACCGUAUUUUCAUUCCUACUGUUUAAGUUUAGAUUUCUUUAUGUUGGCCCUUAAGAAUGUUCCGACUCUUAAAAAUCAAUAAAUCACUUUUGUCCACAAAAAUUAAAAGCAACCUGAAUUACGUUUUGAUACGCUAGUUAAAUUUUGUAUAAAGAUGAUACCAAUCAUUUGGGUUUUAAAUUGUAAAGAUCUACAAAUUAGUCGCCGCCAAGAGGUGCAUCUCCGCAGAAUUACUCUCUUCUCUCUCUCUCUUUCUCGCCUGCAACACACUCCAAGAAAUUUCAAAGCCAUGCACAGUGCCAAUACUCAACACCAAUAACUCUCAAAAAGGUUAUUACAAUGCCAAUUCCUCCAUUACAUUCAUCAAAUGCAGAUAUAAUCAAACUCGGUGACAGUGUUACCGAAAAAGCUCUUCUUUUAAAAAAAAAUUCCCCUAGCCUAGCAGUGUUGGGGGGAUCCUUUUAUAUUUUUUGAGAUGAAGUGAUAUGGUUUCUUGAGACCUUAAUGGAUGCCUUAUAAAUUUUGUGAACGUGCCAUCGAAGGUGUGAGAUAUUUUUUAAAAUACGCAAUCAAUUUAACGAAACCCCAUCAGUUUUCUAGAUUUUAUUUCUGUUAGGAUUUUGAAAUGUGAUAUUUGGAAAUAUUUCUUCUAAAGUAUUCAUUGAGCAGUGGAAAACACCCUGACCUUAGCUUUGGGAUUGUCAGAUAAGCUGAUGUUCCGCGAAUAAUGUAAUUCUCCGAUUGAAAUCCAUUCAAAAGCUUUCCUAUUUAGACACAUGCAUGUUUCUGGGUUACUUACGGAAAAUUUUAACCCUGUGAAAUAUUGCAAGCGUCCACAUCUAUUGUAAAUGGUAAAUCAUCCUUUGAAAUGAACCAUAAAUGUUCUGAAAUGGAUAUCGAUUUAAAAUAGAGUGGAGCAAAAUUUCUCUCGUUAGUAAAGACAAAAUAUUGUCAAAUACCAGAAUUGGGAAUUGUUUGGAAGGUUGAGAGCGCGAUCAAUUUCCAAUAAAUAACGUUUUGUAAGACUGUUGGAAAGGGGUUGAAGUAUACAUUAGUAACGGUUUCAGAUUUAUUGACCUGAAUUUAGGCACAAACCCCAUUAACGAACCUUCAGCUCUAAUAAUUCCGCUCUUUGCUAGUUAUGAAAAUAAUUUAUCCAAAUGUUUUUGUCCGAGAUUGCCAAAUACACAAACACAUCUCCAGGAGUCUUUUCCUAUUUUUAUACAUAAAAAUGUGUCACUGAUCUGUGUUGCAAGUAAGUUGGUAGAUUAGCUUAUUACAUUUACUAAAAAGAGAUAUUUCCUUAUAUUAACUAGCUACUUGCACCUAUAUCAGUCAACAGAAAUCCAUGGAAAUAUUUUCACAGUGACAAUCGGGUUUUUUCUUGUUUCUGUUUAUUAUUGUUUUUCUUUUGAUUAUUAUAUUUAUUGAAUACAUAUCUGCUUAACAUUUUCAUUGCAAUAAAAUGUCAAUGGAUGAAA